AUGAGAAACUACACAGCAAUAACAACAUUCAUCCUUCUGGGACUGACAGAAGAUCCUCAGCUGCAGGUUCUGCUUUUCUUGUUUCUGUUUGUCACCUACCUGUUAAGUGUAACAGGGAACCUGACCAUCAUCACCCUCACCAUGUUGGAUCCCCACCUGAAAACACCCAUGUAUUUUUUUCUCCAAAAUUUCUCUUUCUUAGAAAUCUCAUUUACAACUGCCUGUGUUCCAAGAUUCCUAUACAGUAUCUCAACUGGGGACAGAACAAUAACGUAUAAUGCAUGUGUCAUUCAACUGUUUUUUACAGAUCUCUUUGGGGUCACUGAAUUUUUUCUUUUGGCCACCAUGUCAUAUGAUCGCUAUGUGGCCAUCUGCAAACCCUUGCAUUAUAUAACAAUUAUGAGCCACAAAGUGUGCAAAACCAUGGUUAUUUGUUGUUGGAUGGCAGCAUUUAUGAUUAUCCUCCCACCACUUAGCUUAGAUUUUCAUCUAGAAUUCUGUGACUCUAACGUCAUCAAUCAUUUUGGCUGUGAUGCAUUGCCUAUUCUGAAAAUAUCAUGCUCAGACACAUGGUUAAUUGAGCAGAUGGUUAUAGCCUCUGCUGUGUUAACCUUCAUCAUCACUCUUGUCUGUGUAGUUCUCUCCUACAUAUAUAUCAUAAGAACAAUUCUAAAACUCCCUUCUGUUCAACAAAAGAAAAAAGCCUUUUCUACCUGUUCUUCACACAUUAGGGUUUCCAUCACAUAUGGCAGCUGCAUCUUCAUCUAUAUCAAGCCAUCUGCAAAGGAAGAAGUAAACAUUAAUAAAGGUGUGUCAGUGCUUAUCUCUUCCAUAUCACCUAUGUUGAAUCCUUUCAUAUAUACCCUGAGGAAUAAGCAAGUUAAACAAGCCUUUCAUGACUCACUCAAAAAAAUUGCAUUUCUCUUAAAAAAGUAA